CUCCUAAUUUCAAGUAUCACUCAGCCAAAGCAAUGAUGGGUAGAGCUAGUGGCAGUACCACUUGCACUCCCUUCUGCUCUUUCUUCUUUAUUUCUUGCUUACUACUUUUUGCUGCUUCCUCUGAUGCAAGGCCUUCAAUUGUGGAUGGACUCUCAUGGAAUUACUAUUGGUUGACCUGUCCCAGGCUUGAAACCAUAGUUCGAAGACAUCUCCAGAAGGUCUUCAUCCAGGACAAGGGUCAGGCUCCUGCCUUACUCAGGAUCUUCUUCCAUGACUGCUUCGUUCAGGGUUGCGAUGGGUCGAUAUUGUUGGAUGGAAGUCCAAAUGAAAGGGACCAACCCGCAAACAUAGGGAUAAGACCAGAGGCAUUGCAGACCAUUGAAGACCUUCGAUCUGUUGUUCACAAGCGGUGUGGAAGGGUUGUCUCUUGCGCUGACCUCGUUGUUCUAGCGGCACGCGAAGCUGUUUCUCAGGCAGGGGGGCCAAAAUUCGACGUGCCACUGGGAAGAAAGGACGGCCUAACCUUUAGCAUAAACGGCACAAACAACCUUCCGCCGCCGUUUUUCCGCACCGGCGAGCUCCUCGACACAUUCGGACGCAGAAACUUCGACGCCAGCGACGUGGUGGCGCUCUCCGGCGCGCACACCUUCGGGCGAGCCCACUGCGGCACCUUCUUCGACCGAAUCAACCAAACGGACCCUCCCAUCGACCCCUCCUUCGCCGACAGCCUCAGCGACACGUGUCCCAGCGCGGAUUCCGACAACACCGCGGUGCUGGACGUGAGAAGCCCGAACGUGUUCGACAACUUGUACUACGUUAACCUCAUGAACCGCCAGGGUCUCUUUACCUCGGACCAGGACCUCUUUAGUGACUCCAGGACCACGGGAAUUGUGAGGUCCUUCGCCACCAAUCAGAAACUCUUCUUCGACAAGUUUUCCGAUGCGAUUGUGAAGUUGAGUCAGUUGGAUGUGUUGACGGGAAAACAAGGGCAGGUUCGCGCCAAAUGCUCCAUUCCCAACAACAAGAAGCUCGUCACCUCUGUUGUAGUGGAAGACGGGGUGGAUUUCACUGCUAAACUCUGAAAUUAAUUAAGGAAUUAACGUUAAUUAAUAAACUAAUGGCCAUACAUAAAGGAGUUUCUCCCCGUCUUACUUACUGCAUGCCAUGCAACCCUUUCUGUGUUGUGUUUUUUCUUUCCUUUGUCACAUGUUGUGUUUAACCGAGUUUGUAAACCAUGGUUCUUGCUUGAUAUUUUGGUGUUUGAUUUAUGUUA